AUGGCACGCCCUCGUGCUCUUUCGGGCGCAGAUGGCCCUAAAGAGCCCCAUGCAAUUUCACUUAAAGUCUUGCGGCUAUCUCGUCCUUCCCUAUCCUACCAGUAUCCCUUACCGGCGGCAAACACGAAGAUCUCGAGCAAAGCAUCACUGAGCUACCCCGCCGAUCACACGGACGGUCAAUUCAUCCUCACUCCCAAUUUGACUCUACCUCCUGCCUUCGGAUCUGCAUACGUCGGCGAGACAUUUGCAUGCACGCUCAGUGCAAACAAUGAGCUGUCUGCAGAUGAGGCGUCACGUGUUGUCACCUCUGUCCGGAUUGUCGCUGAAAUGCAAACACCCUCUCAGGUAGCGGCGUUGGAUCUCGAUCCUGCGGAAGAUACAUCUCAAAAGGACGGGUUGCAGAAGGGCCAAUCUUUGCAGAAGAUUGUACGGUUUGAUCUCAAGGAGGAGGGCAAUCACAUACUGGCGGUCAGUGUGAGCUACACGGAGACGUCGAUAGGCUCGGAUGCCCAGGCAGCAAGCGGCAGAGUCCGGACCUUCCGCAAACUUUAUCAGUUUGUCGCUCAGCCCUGUCUGAGUGUACGGACCAAAGCUUCCGAACUGGUGCCCCUUGAAGUCGAAAACAAGAGUUUGGGUCCGUACGGGAAGACGCGCUUGCUCCGCUUCGCGCUAGAGGCCCAACUAGAAAAUGUGGGCGAUGGUCCGGUCGUGGUCAAGCAAACACGACUCAACCCCAAGCCACCUUUCAAGUCCAUAUCCUUGAAUUGGGACUUGAAAGGAACCGAUCUGACAGAUUCCCAGCCGCCGACUUUACAUCCACGCGAUGUCCUGCAGGUCGCCUUCCUGGUUGAACAAGAGGAAGGGCAGCAGGAAGGUCUCGAGGCACUACAGAAGGACAUGAGACGCGAUGGACGGGCUGCUCUAGGCCAAUUAUCUAUUGAGUGGCGAGGUGCGAUGGGAGAUAAGGGAUUUUUGACCACAGGAAACCUCAUGACGAGGCGACGGGCGUGA